AUGACACUUCCCAUCAUCCCGAUUGCGGGGGCCCUCGUCGUGGUCUAUUUCGCGUACCGCGUCCUCUACGGCACCGAUACUCCGCACAUCAAAGGCCUGCCCGAGGUGCCAGGCCUACCUCUUUUCGGCAGCUUGCUAGAAUUGGGCGUGGACCAUGCCAAAGUGGCUCAAGGAUGGGCGAAGAAGUACGGGCCAGUCUUCCAAGUGCGUAUGGGCAACCGAAGGAUCGUAUUCGCCAAUUCCUUCGAAUCUGUCCGGCAUCUUUGGAUAACGAACCAAUCCGCACUCAUCUCGCGUCCCAUGCUCCACACCUUCCACAGCGUCGUCUCCUCUUCACAGGGCUUCACAAUCGGCACCUCGCCAUGGGAUGAAUCCUGCAAGAACCGCCGCAAAGCUGCCGCCACCGCCCUUAACCGCCCCGCAGUCCAGUCCUACAUGCCCCUCAUUGACCUCGAAUCCACCGUCAGCAUAAAAGAGCUCUUCCACGAUUCGAAAGGCGGAGAAGUUGAUCUUGACCCGCGCGCAUACUGGCAGAGAUAUGCACUCAACACCAGCCUUACCCUAAACUACGGAUACAGGAUCGACGGUGACAAGGACGAUGCCUUGCUGAAGGAGAUCACAGAUGUAGAAAGGGGGGUGAGUAACUUCAGGAGCACCAGCAAUAACUGGCAAGACUAUAUCCCCAUGAUGAGGUUGUGGCCAAACAUGAACACAGAGGCCGUCAGCUUCCGGAAGAGGAGGGAUGUGUAUAUGGAUAGAUUGCUCAGGGAGCUGAGGGAGAGGAUUAAGACGGGGACGGAUAAGCCGUGUAUUACGGGGAAUAUUCUUAAGGAUCCGGAGGCGAAGUUGAACGAAGCGGAAAUCAAAUCCAUCGGCCUCACCAUGGUCUCCGCAGGCCUCGACACCGUUCCCGGCAACUUGAUCAUGGGUAUUGCAUAUCUCGCAUCUCCCCAAGGCCAGAAGAUCCAACAGCGCGCCUACGAAAAAAUCUUGAAAGUAUACCCCGAAAACGACGCCUGGGAACGCUGCUUGCACGAGGAGAAGGUGCCCUACAUUACAGCACUAUACAAGGAGAUCCUGCGCUACUGGACCGUGAUCCCCAUCUGCUUGCCCAGAGUCAGCAUCAAGCCGAUUGAAUGGAACGGCGUAAUCAUUCCCGCAGGAACAACAUUCUAUAUGAACGCCUAUGCAGCGGACUAUGACGAGACACAUUUCAAAGAUGCACAUACAUUCAACCCCGAACGCUACCUCAACGUGCCCGACGGUGCCGGAACUCCGCACUACGGCUAUGGUGCCGGGUCGCGCAUGUGCGUCGGCUCGCACCUCGCAAACCGCGAGCUUUACACCGCCUUCGUGCGGCUCAUCAGCGCGUUCGAGUUCACGCCACCCAAAGACCCCAGGGACAUGCCGGUAAUGGAUUGUCUGGAAGCGAAUGCGAUUCCAACGAGUCUGACGAUGGAGCCCAAGUACUUCAAGGUGGGGUUUAAGCCCAGAGACAGAACACUGUUGGAGAAGUGGAUUCGGGAGAGUGAGGAAAGGACUAGGGAGUUGUUGAUGUAG